UUAAAAGUUUGGUUAAAAAAAAAAAAAAAAAAAAAAAAAAAACCAUUAUAUCCCAUAACCAUGUGGUCCAACAUGUAGGUUCCACUCCGAAUGGGGUUUGAGCGAGACCUAGGUCUAACAUCCGUCAUUGAGAAGAAACGUGCAAAACCCUAUCAAACCCCGAUAAAUCCAGGAGGAAGUGGGAUCACGAGCAGGUGAGUCUUCUCUUCUUUCAUCUUGUCGCUCGAUCCGGAGAAGCUUCGACGUUGAAUUUGAAGCAAUUGAACAGGAACAGGAACAGGAACAGGAAAACAUACAUAAUUUCUAAUUGGUUAGUUGGGUGCUGACGGAAAUGUUAAUGCUGGACGUUGAUCUAUCCAUAUAUUUUUUAAACUAAUUGGUCAUAAACUGUCAAAGGAGGAGGGCUCUAGGAAUCUGUGACAGUGGGAAAGAAAAGGAAGCUUAAUUGGUCAACUUUAACCAAAUUCAUGAAAGUGGUAGCUUUCAGCAGCUUUGGCUAGUUUCUCCAAGUUUAAUAGGAUAUGAGUAGUUUGGUGGAAAGGCUUCGCAUAAGGUCAGAUAGAAAGCCUUUAUAUAAUGUAGAUGACUCGGAUGAUGAUGCCGAUAUUGUGCAUCGAAAAUCAGGGCCUGCCCAGCAAAAGCCUGAAAAGAUAAUCAGGACUGAUGCGAAAGAUGACUCCUGUCAAGCGUGCGGAGAAAGUGGGAGUCUUCUAAACUGUGACACAUGCAGUUAUGCUUACCAUCCGAAGUGCUUACUUCCACCUCUCAAAUCUCCUCUUCCCAACAGUUGGAAUUGCCCUGAAUGUGUAAGCCCUCUGAAUGACAUUGACAAGAUAUUGGACUGUGAAAUGCGGCCUACUGUAGCUGAUGAUAGUGAUGCCUCAAAGCUUGGUUCAAAGCAAAUAUUUGUCAAACAGUACCUUGUAAAGUGGAAGGGAUUAUCCUAUCUACACUGUACAUGGGUGCCAGAGAAGGAAUUUCUAAAAGCUUUCAAGGCACAUCCUCGUCUGAAGACCAAAGUGAACAACUUCCAUCGUCAAAUGUCAUCAAUUAAUAACUCUGAGGAUGAUUUUGUUGCCAUUCGACCUGAAUGGACAACCGUUGAUAGGAUUCUUGCUACCAGGGAAAAUGAAAGUGAGAGAGAGUACCUCGUAAAAUGGAAAGAGCUCUCUUAUGAUGAAUGUUAUUGGGAACUUGAGUCGGACAUUUCCACAUUUAAACCUGAAAUUGAAAGAUUCAAUAGAAUUCAGUCGAGGCGUCUCAGAUCAUAUUCCAAUAAGCAGAAGAAUUCUAUUCGUGAUAUGAAGGAAUACAAAAAGAAGCAGAAAGAAUUUCAUCACUAUGAACAUAGCCCUGAAUUUCUUUCUGGAGGCUCACUUCACCCAUAUCAGCUUGAAGGGCUGAAUUUCUUGCGCUUCUCAUGGUCGAAACAAACUCAUGUGAUCCUUGCUGAUGAAAUGGGUCUUGGGAAGACUAUACAGAGUAUUGCUUUCAUAGCAUCUCUAGUGGAGGAGAAUGUUUCUCCUCAUCUAGUAGUGGCACCUCUUUCAACAUUGCGUAACUGGGAACGUGAAUUUGCGACUUGGGCACCUCAAUUGAAUGUUGUGAUGUAUGUUGGGUAUGCCCAAGCUCGUGCUGUUAUCAGGGAAUAUGAAUUUUUCUUUCCAAAAAAUGAAUUUAAGAAGUACAAGAAAAAAAAGACUAACCAAGUUGGUAGCGAAAGCAAGCAAGACAGAAUAAAAUUUGAUGUCCUCUUAACAUCAUAUGAAAUGAUUAACAUUGAUACGGCAUCUUUGAAACCAAUAAAGUGGGAGUGCAUGAUUGUGGAUGAGGGUCAUCGCCUGAAGAAUAAAGAUUCAAAGUUGUUUCUUUUGUUGAAACAGUACUACAGUAGACAUCGUGUUCUUUUAACCGGCACACCUCUUCAGAACAACCUUGAUGAGCUAUUCAUGCUCAUGCACUUCCUCGAUGAUGGAAAGUUUGGAAGUUUGGAGGAAUUUCAAGAGGAAUUUAAGGAUAUCAAUCAAGAAGAACAAAUUGCCAGGCUUCAUAAAAUGCUGGCUCCACAUCUUCUUAGAAGAGUCAAGAAGGAUGUUAUGAAGGACCUCCCUCCCAAAAAGGAGCUUAUUUUACGAGUUGAAUUAAGUAGCAAGCAGAAAGAAUACUAUAAGGCAAUUCUCACCCGUAACUAUCAGUUACUAACUAGAAAGGGUGGUGCACAGAUUUCUCUUAUCAAUGUUGUUAUGGAACUUCGCAAACUUUGCUGUCAUGCUUACAUGUUAGAAGGAGUUGAACCAGAGAUAGAAGAUUCAGAUGAAGCUUACCGGCAACUGCUAGAUUCUUCUGGGAAAUUGCACUUACUGGACAAGAUGAUGGUGAAGCUCAAAGAACAAGGGCAUAGAGUCCUCAUUUAUACACAAUUCCAGCACAUGCUGGACUUGCUGGAAGACUACUGCUCAUACAAGAAAUGGUUGUAUGAACGGAUUGAUGGAAGGGUUGGUGGAGCUGAAAGACAAAUUCGCAUAGAUAGGUUCAAUGCCAAAAAUUCUUCCCGAUUUUGUUUUCUUCUGUCUACAAGAGCUGGGGGUUUGGGUAUUAAUCUUGCAACUGCCGACACUGUUAUAAUAUAUGACAGUGAUUGGAACCCCCAUGCUGAUUUACAAGCAAUGGCUAGAGCUCAUCGACUUGGUCAGACGAAUAAGGUAAUGAUUUAUAGACUCAUAACUCGUGGUACAAUUGAAGAACGGAUGAUGCAGAUGACCAAGAAAAAAAUGGUUUUAGAGCAUCUUGUUGUUGGCCGGCUUAAGGCACAGAACAUUAAUCAGGAAGAGUUAGAUGACAUAAUAAGAUAUGGUUCAAUGGAGCUAUUUACUGAUGAGGGUGAUGAAGCUGGAAAAGCCCGCCAGAUUCACUAUGAUGAUGCUGCCAUAGAUAGAUUACUUGAUCGUGAUCAAGUUGGUGCUGAAGAGACAACAAUGGAUGAUGAAGAAGAAGAUGGAUUUCUAAAAGCUUUUAAGGUAGCAAAUUUUGAAUAUAUAGACGAGGCUGAAGCUGCAGUAGAAGAAGAAGCUCAAAGGGCAUCCAUGGCCAAUAAAAAUAAUGUCAACAAUUCAGAAAGAGCUAAUUACUGGGAAGAAUUGCUUAGGGACAGAUAUGAAAUGCAGAAAAUUGAAGAGUUUACUUCUUUGGGCAAGGGAAAGAGAAGCCGAAAACAAAUGGUAUCUGUUGAAGAAGAUGAUCUUGCUGGUUUGGAAGACGUGAGUUCUGAUGGUGAGGAGGAUAGCAAUGAAGCUGAAUGGACUGACGCUGAAAUGAUUGCAUCUGGAACGGCAUCUGGGAGAAAGCCUCACAAGAAGAAAGCCCGUGUGGAUAGCAUGGAACCACUUCCUUUGAUGGAAGGUGAAGGAAAAUCAUUUAGGGUUCUUGGAUUCAAUCAAAACCAAAGGGCUGCAUUUGUGCAGAUAUUAAUGAGGUUUGGAGUGGGGGAAUAUGAUUGGCAUGAAUUUACUCCUCGGUUAAAGCAGAAGAGCUUUGAGGAAAUAAAGGAAUACGGAACUCUUUUCUUGUCUCACAUUGCCGAAGAUAUAACUGAUGCUCCAACCUUUUCGGAUGGUGUUCCGAAAGAGGGACUAAGGAUACAAGAUGUACUUGUUAGGAUUGCAGUACUGACCUUAGUAAGGGACAAGGUUAAGCUUCUGUCAGAAAAACCUGGUACGCCCCUUUUUUCUGAUGACAUUGCGUCGCGUUUCCCUGGAUUGAGGAGUGGGAAAUCAUGGAAGGAGGAGCAUGAUUUAGCGUUAUUGCGUGCUGUAUUAAAGCAUGGCUAUGGAAGAUGGCAAGCAAUAGUUGAUGAUAGGGAUCUGCGAUUCCAGGAAGUAAUUUGUCAGGAGCAGAAUCUACCCUUUAUAAACAUCUCAGCCACAGGAGGAGUUCAAAUGCAUGAUGCUGCACCUAUUGCACAACCUGAUGGAACAUCCACUGGCCAUUUAAGCAAAACUGUGGGUGGAAGUGAUUCUGGAUCUGAUGUUGCACAGGGUUCUGCUGAAACUGCAACCCGGCCCCAAGUAUAUCAGGAUUCCUCUUCCAUUGUAUUCCAUUUCAGAGAGAUGCAGAGAAGACAGGUUGAAUUUAUUAAGAAAAGGGUGCUUCUCUUGGAGAAAACACUCAAUGCAGAAUACCAGAAAGAGUACUUCGGUGAUCUCAAACCGAGUGAUGCUUCAAAUGAAGAGCCUGAUAUUGAACCAAAGCUAGACAUACCAAGUCCAGGCUCCACAGAGGUUGACAUCCAUAUAGUUGAGCAAUUGCCUUCAAUAGAACCAAUUGGUAAGUCAAUUUACAAAACAUAAGUUGUUUUCUUUGCU